AUGAAACUUCUAUCAAAGGAAGCGUGGCAGCUUCCCAAACAAAAAUCGUCGUGUGCCCCCGACGGGGUCAACACGAAUAUUGACAAUGAUGUGACCCCUCCAUAUAGAAGAACUUGGAACGUGUUCCUCAUCAUUGGGUUUUGGGCCUCGGACUAUCUAUCGAUGCAAACAGUUGAGAAUCCAUCAAACUCGUUGCAGUUUGGAAUGACCUGGAGAACAGGCCUGAGUACAAAUACCGUGGGCAUGGUUUUCAUUGGUCUGCCCCUGAUUUUCAAUGGUGCUAUCGGAGCCGACCUCCAUGUCCCCUUUCCUGUUGCUGUGAGAGCCUCAUUUGGUUAUCACUUUGCUAAAUUUGCAGUCAUCACUCGUUGUGUUACUGCCAUUUUCUGGCACUCUACCCAAACUUUCUCUGGUUCGUUGGCAAUGACUCGCUGUAUUGCGGCAAUCUGGCCUUCCUUCGACAAGAUCCAUAACUCUAUUCCAGCUUCAAUGGGUAUCACGUCUACCGAAAUGCUGGGUCAUUUCAUCUUCUGGACCAUCCAAUUACCUUUCUUGUUGAUUCCUCCACAUAAAAUGAAGUGGUUUUUUGUGUUUAAAACCGUUGUGGUGGCAGCCUGUUUGAUCGGAACUGCCGCGGGAAUGGCCAAGAUGGCCGGUACCGCAGACAACAUUUGGCACCAAGAAUAUACUGUUCAUGGUUCUGAGAGAGCUUGGCUAUGGAUGAAAUUGUUGAACUCUAACGUUGCCGGUUGGGCAACCAUGGCAACAAACAUUGCAGAUUUCACCAGGUACAUGAAUGACAAGUCAAAGGCACAGUACUCUCAAGUUAUUGUGAUCCCUGUGUGGGCAACAUUUGUUACCAUGAUGUCGCUUGUUGCAUCCUCUGCGGGAAAAGUUGUCUACGGAUCUUAUCUUUGGUCUCCUACAGAUUUCGCUUUGGAAUGGACCAAGACUGGAUCAAAAGGUAGAGCUGCUGCUUUCUUUGUGUGCGCUUCCUGGUGUAUUGCACAAAUUGGAACUAACUUAUCAGCAAAUGUGAUAACUGGGGCCAACGACUUGAGCUCACUAUUCCCUCAUUACAUCAAUAUUCGCCGUGGUGCCGUGCUUAUCACUAUUGCGUCUGGUUGGAUUUUGCAGGCAUGGAAAAUCGAGAAUUCUGCCACUCAACUGGUUAACUUCAUCUCAGGACUUUCAUGUUUCCUAGCACCGAUUACUGCAAUAAUGAUUGCAGACUACUGGGUGGUGAAGAAGAAGCAUAUCGACGUGCCUGCCCUAUAUGAUCCGGAGGGAAGAUACAGAUAUUUCAAAGGAAUCAACUGGAGAGCAGCAGUUGCCUUUUUGAUUGGUAACGUCCCGUGCCUUCCAGGAUUGGCAUCUGAUGUUAAUAGCCAUAUCAAGGUGAACGCAGGGAUUUUGGAGCUUUGGUACAUGUCCUAUUUCUACGGUUUUCUUGCCUCUUUUACCGUUUAUACUGCUACAAGUUUACUCUGGCCGGAACCAGAAACUUUGGUGGACGAGACAAACUACUAUAUCUACGAGGAGAGCGUCGAAGAAGUUGAAAUUACUGCUGACGAGAAAAAAUGA